UUGCAGGUUCUGGUCCUUGAUGGCAGAGGACAUCUACUUGGCCGUCUCGCUGCCAUUGUUGCUAAGCAAGUUUUGCUUGGGCGUAAAGUGGUUGUCGUGAGAUGUGAAGGUAUCAACAUUUCUGGCAACUUUUACCGCAACAAACUCAAAUACCUUGCUUUCCUGCGUAAACGUAUGAACACAAACCCUUCCCGUGGGCCAUACCACUUCAGAGCACCCAGCCGCAUCUUCUGGAGGACUGUAAGAGGUAUGCUGCCACACAAGACUAAGCGAGGACAGGCUGCUCUGGAGCGACUGAAGGUCUUUGAUGGUAUCCCACCUCCUUAUGAUAAGAGAAAGCGUAUGGUGGUCCCUGCUGCCCUGAAGAUCGUGCGUUUGAAGCCAACACGCAAGUUUGCCCUCCUUGGCCGCCUUGCCCAUGAGGUUGGCUGGAAGUACCAGGCAGUCACUGCUACCCUGGAGGAGAAGAGGAAGGCAAAGGCCAAGCUGCACUAUAACAAAAAGAAGCUGGUCAUGAAACUGAAGAAGCAAGCAGAGAAAAAUGUUGAAACCAAAAUUGCAAAGUACACAGACGUCCUGAAGAAAUAUGGUAUCCUCGUUUAA